AUCGCAGCGUGAACCAGCUCGGCCUGGUGUGAAUCACGCAAUUUUCUCUCCUAAUCCAACCUUCUGAUGUAUUUGCUUGCUUCUAUGCUUUGCUCUCCACUCAUUUACAAUGCCCUCCACUAGUGUCGAUAUUGUUGAAAGCAACGAGAAGUAUGAAGAUAUGGAGAAGAUCGCAUCGUAUUCGAAAACAGGCGGGCAUGACAGUCUUGGUCGUCGAGUGAGCACCGCGAACACGUCGUAUGAUAGCACGCAUCGCAAGUUGAAGCCGCGCCACAUCCAGCUCAUUGGCAUUGGUGGAACUAUUGGCACGGCUCUCUAUGUGCAAAUCGGUCGUGGUCUCAUCAAUGGCGGUCCUGCCUCGUUGUUCCUGGCUUUCACGAUCUGGUGCUCCUUUAUCCUUGCAGUCACGCUCUGUAUGGCUGAGAUGGUCACGUACUUGCCGAUCUCCUCUCCGUUUAUCCGCUUUGCCGGGCGCUAUGUCGAUGAGGCUUUUGGUGUCGCCGCGGGAUGGAACUUCUUCAUAUUCGAAGCAGCAUUGGUGCCGUUCGAGGUCGUCGCGUGCAACGUCGUCAUCCAUUUUUGGAGCGACAUCGUUCCAGCUGGCGGCAUUAUCGCAAUUGUUCUUGUCCUGUAUCUGCUUAUCAAUGUCCUCGCUGUGAAGUGGUAUGGGGAAUCCGAAUUUUGGGCGGCCCUCGGAAAAGUUUUGCUCAUCAUUGGCCUGAUUAUUUACACAUUCAUCGUUAUGUUGGGCGGCAAUCCGAAAGGCGACCGAUUCGGGUUCAGAUACUGGAAGACACCCGGCUCUUUCGCGGAGUUGUAUAGAACAGGCGACCUUGGCCGCUUUCUAGGUUUCUUGCAGUGCCUCAUUCAGGCCUCAUUCACGAUUGCUGGUCCUGAUUACGUGUCCAUGGCAGCGGGAGAGGCCGAAAAUCCACGGAAAGUCAUGCCUCGUGCGUAUAACGCUGUCUUCUACCGUCUGACCGCGUUCUUUGUGCUCGGAUCUCUGGCGGUCGGAAUUCUUGUUCCAUACGAUGAUCCUGAACUUAAUGCAGCGUUUAAAGAGGGCAGACCGGGUGCCGCGGCCUCACCAUACGUUGUUUCGAUGAACAGACUUAACAUUCCCAUCCUUCCGCAUAUAGUCAACGCUGGAGUUCUUGCCUCAGCCUUCUCCGCCGGAAAUAGUUACGUUUAUUGUGCUUCACGGUCGCUGUACGGCCUCGCUUUAGAAGGGAAGGCCCCUCGGUUUCUGACGAAGACGACACGCAAUGGCGUGCCUAUCUAUACGGUUAUUGUUGUGCUGCUGAUUGCAUUACUCUCGUUUCUGCAAGUUUCCAACAACGCGGCCGUUGUGCUCAACUGGUUCGUCAGCCUGGUCACCGCUUCGCAGCUUAUCAACUUCUCAGUUAUGUGCUUCACAUUCCUGCGCUUCUACAAGGCAUGCAAGGUGCAGGGUCUGAGCAGAGAUAGCCUGCCUUACAAAGGCUUUUGGCAGCCAUUUGCGGCAUACUACGGACUCAUCGGGACCUUUAUCAUGACAUUUGUUGGUGGAUAUACUGUGUUCUUAGAUGACAACUGGGAUGUGCCUACUUUCCUUUUCUCAUACAUGAUGAUCUUUGUCUUCCCAGUUCUUUUCAUAGGCUGGAAGGUGAUCAAGCGAACAAAAUUUAUUCCCGCUGAGGAGAUUGACCUAUACCAAGAUCUUGAGGAGAUCGAAGAAUAUACACGUAACUUUGUAGAAAUACCGCCAAAAAAUGCGGUGGAAAAGUGGUUCAACAAGUUGUUUGAAUAAAACGAGAAUAUUCAGCCAGUAUAUGUUGAUUCAUGGCGUAUCACAUGGUGUCUUCCCUGAAGUUUCGAGGACGAAACUUAGAUUGCUGCAAAGGUAGGGGGCGUUGAGGAAGAUACAUAGUACGCAUAUACCCAAACUAUGAAGUUUCAUGAUCAGUACAAUUCAUA